AUGCCCAAAGGUGGGGGUUCUAAAACCCCACAACUGGACCACUUCCCACUCAGCACCGACAUGGUGGAGAAGCAGGGUGGGAAGAAGGAUAAAGUGUUGUCAAACAAGACGCCCAAAUUGGAUCGCAGCGAUGUGGUCAAAGAGAUGAAAGAAAAAGCCUCUAAAAGGAAGUUACCUUUCACAACAGGAGCAAAUGGAGACCAGAAAGAUUCAGAUUCAGAGAAACCAGGUCCUGAGCGGAAGCGCAUUAAAAAGGAGCCCAGCACCCGGAAGACGGGUCUGCCGUUUGGAAUGGGGAUGCCAGGGAUCCGGGUCGGGUACCCCCUCUCCGAGCGGCAGCAGGUGGCUCUGCUCAUGCAAAUGACAGCAGAGCCGUCCGUCAACAGCCCAGACUCGACACCAAAGCAUCAGUCACAGUCCAGUAUGGGUCAAAAGGGAACGCCAAACUCUGCUUCUAAAACCAAAGACAAAGUGAAUAAACGAAAUGAGAGAGGAGAGACGCGGUUGCACCGAGCAGCGAUACGAGGGGAGGCGCGGCGCAUCAAGGAGCUCAUCAGUGAAGGAGCUGAUGUGAAUGUAAAAGACUUUGCAGGCUGGACUGCAUUGCAUGAGGCGUGUAACCGAGGCUACUACGACGUGGCCAAACAGCUGCUGGCAGCGGGGGCAGAGGUCAACACCAAGGGACUGGACGAUGACACGCCGCUACACGAUGCCUCCAAUAACGGACAUUUCAAGGUGGUGAAGCUACUUUUACGGUAUGGAGCGGACCCCCGGCAGAGCAACCGAAGAGGGGAAACUCCGCUCAAGGUGGCAAACUCUCCGACCAUGUUGAACCUGUUGCUGGGCAAAGGCACUUACACGUCGAGUGAAGAAAGUUCAUCUGAAUCCUCCGAAGAAGAGGAGGACGCUCCCUCGUUCGCCCCCUCCAGCUCUGUAGACGGCAACAACACAGACUCUGAGUUUGAGAAAGGCCUGAAGUUGAAAGGCAAAAACGCAGACCCUCCUAAAUCUGCCACCACGCCUGUCAAAGACGAAUACGAAUUUGACGAGGACGACGAGGAGGAACGCGUGCCGCCUGUUGACGACAAACACUUGUUAAAAAAGGACUUUCGAAAGGAGCCCGUCCCCAAGGCCAACAGCUUCCUUCCCGUACCCAAAACGGAAGUUAAAACCUAUUCCAAAAGCAACUCGCUCACACCAAAGAAACCUGUCCGACGGAUCAUCUCCGACAGCAACAGCUCGGAUGAGGACGACAGGACGUUGUGCUUCACUUCUACGCCAACGCCGCGGCAGACGCAGCAAGCAAACACAAAGACUAGAGACUCUAUUGCUUUGAGCUCAAAACAGCAAAAAGACAAGAGCAAAGUCAAAAAGAAGAGGAAGAAGGAGAGUAAAAACAAUGUCAGUAAAGAAGUAAGAUUUGGCAAAGUUAAUGACAAAUUCUGCACUUCCGAUUCCGAAUGUGAGGAUAUAGAGAGCGAGGACGACAAGGGCUCGAACAGUAUUAAGGACUCUUCCACCAUGAAAGACUCCACGGGUUUUAACACUUCGUCCUCUCAGAAACAAACGCAAUCGUUAGCAGAACAGCAUCCCAAGCAGUGGCGGACGGACGGCUGGAAAACGGUGUCCUCUCCGACGUGGUCAGACGUGAGUUCUCUCUCCGAUUCGGUCAGGACGAGAUUAUCCAGUGAAUCGGAUUACUCUUCUGCGGACUCGAGCGUUGAGUCGAUAAAGCACCCCAAGAGGAAAGCGCAGGAAAACAAAAAGAAAAACAACUCGCACAGCAACGCGGUCGAAAAGAAAAAUUCCGACCUCUACAAAAAUGCAGAUAGCACGGCUUCCAAAAUGGACGGGGAUGGUAAAGUUGUAAAAAAGCAUAAAGCUAAACACAAACACAAAGCCAAGGAGAAAGAGAAGGCUCAAAGCGUUGUGCUUAAUCAAGACAUGAAUGAGAAAUUUGUGAAAAGCUACUCUUUUGAUUUUGAAGAUUCAAGAAAGAACUCUGUGGGAGAUUCUGAAUCAACGACCGAGGGAAAAAUCAAAUUAAAGCAAGAAAAAGAUCACUCGAAGAAGGAAGACAGACUAUCAAAAAGCAAGUCUGAUGAUAAAGACUGGGUGACGGGGAAAGAGGUCCACAGAACAAUAAAAGAGGAGAAAAACAAGAAAGCCAAGGACUCUGCCAAGGAAAAGUCACUUAAGGAGGAGAAAACUAUCAAAUCUGAAAAGGAAAGAAUAGUUAAGGAGAAAGAAAAACCAAAAGAGGACAAACAAAAAGCUCACAAAGACGACAAGAAGAAAAAGUCGAAGGAGAAGUCAUCGUCCAAAGCCGAAAGGAAAAGUGAGCAGAAAGAGGAGAAGCAUCUCAAAGUGGACAAGGAGAAAACCAGCAAAGACGACAAAUCAAAAAAGGACAAAACGACAAAAGAGGAGCCCGAUUUUGAGGGCUAUGACGUCAACAACCGUUUCCUAAACACGGACGACUCAAAACUCAGCGCCUCCGAUGACCACCACGACCGCUGGGGCUCCGAGAUGUCGUCCGACUCCUCGCUCUACGACGACAGCUGGGACACUCCUGUGAAAGAGUACAAGGAGUAUAAGGCCAACAACUCUGUCAAGCUCAUUGUAGAGACCGUGAAGGAGGAGAGCAGGAGGAAGGACGGGAAAGUUAAGGAGAAGAAGUCCGACCACAAUGACAAGCGGUCCGAGGAAAAAGUGACAUCCAAAAAGAAAGAUAAAGACUUAGAGAAGAGCAGUGACAAGAAGAAAGAUUGGACCGACAAGCAAAAGCUCAACACGAGCCACUCAGAGAAGGAGAAAAAGAGAAAAGAGUCUACAGAUUUCGUCAAAAAGGAGGCGUUGGAGAACAACCGGGAACGCAAAGAUUCGUACGAGUUCGCGAAGGACCGGAAAGAUGUCAAAAUCAAACAGGAGAGCCAUGACUACAGCAACGACGCAUUCUUUAAGGACUUGGAUGCUGUGAGUAAAUCUUGCGACGUCCGAGAAAGAAAUCACUCUGGGAAGGAGAAAGACAAGAAGAGUGACGUCGCGGAGAAGCGGGAGAAGAAAGCAGACAAGCACAAAACAAAAGACUUGGAGAAGGACAAAUCUGAGAAAAACAUCACAGAGAAAGGGGCGAAGGAAAAAGAUGGAGAGCGGGUCCUCAAAGAUAAAAAGGAGGCGGUCAAAGAGAAACAUAAAGAGUCACACGGCAAAGAUCGCAAAAUGUCCUCCGAGCAGGUCAAGAAAGAAAAGGGUACCCAGGAGAAACAUUCAGAGCGAGAAAAAGACUUCCAAGAGGUGAAAAAGGAAGAGCGCAAACAAGAGAAAAGCAAAACGUGGUAUAAAAUCGCAGACAUAUUUACAGAUGAAAGCGAUGAUGAUGAGGAUAGCUACAGUGGAGGAGGGGCGCAGGACAGGAAAGAUUCAACACCAGAUCACGAAGAGUUGGACCAUUUCACCUCUGAUAAGAUUAGGAAAUCGACAGACGGCAAACAUGUUACAGAAAAGGCGAAAGAGCAUAAAAAGAAGGAGAAGGGUGCAUUCGACACGGGGAAAGAGAGAAAAGGCUCAUUGGAGAAACAUAAUAAAGAUAAAAAAGAUAUUGUGGAUGUCAAACACAAAGACAGGAAGGAUCGCGCGUCAGUAGACUCCAACCAGGACAAGAAAAAUAAGCAGAAGGUACUGGACAAAAGGGACACAAGUGAGGAGAAGACUAAAAGUAAAUACAAGGACAAGCUCGAGCAUUCAAAGGAGAGGAAGAUGUCAAAAGGCAGUGGGGAAAAUGAAAAGUCCUUAUUAGAGAAACUAGAAGAGGAAGCAAUGAAUGACUACAAGGAUGACUCCAACGAUAAAAACAGCGAGAUCUCCUCAGAUAGCUUCACUGACCGUGGUCAUGACCCAAUCCUGACUAGUUAUUAUGACUCUAUAGGGCUGAACGAUGUCUUGGAUGAGCGUAGAGAUUCAUUAUCUAUAUCUACGCCUCAAGACAAGUUCAGGGAAAAGGAGAGACACAGACACUCCUCGUCAUCUUCUUCCAAAAAGAGUCAUGACAAAGACAAAGAAAAAGUCAAAAAGGACAAAGGAGAUAAGCGGGAUAAGACUGAAGAGAUCCGGGAGUCAUACAGCCGCAGAGAGAGCUUGCCCUUCGACAAGGAGCCAAUGCCGCUGGAGGCUGACCCCUACACGUUUCCAUGCGGAGGGAAGGGAGACGGUGAGGAUGACUUUGAAAAAACUCUUGAGUUUGAAAAGGAGAUGUCCAAAAAGGAUAAAGAAAAAUCCUCUGUCAUCAAUGAUCGCAUAAAAGACAAGAAGAAGAAAGAAAAGCACAAGGAAAAAAUUAAGGAGGAGAAAAAUAAAUACAUUGAUGGGUUUGGGUCUUUUAAGCACUCCAAAGAGGAGAUCAAGGCAGGGUUAAAAGAUAGCCCACAGCUCACUGUCCUGAAGGAGAGGUCCAAAGAGGAUAGUCCUAAAUAUGAGAUCAAAAAGGAGAGAAAUCGAGAUUCUUUGGAGAAAGACAAUCGUCUGGACCACAGUAAGUCCAAGUCUAAAGAGGAGAACGAAAAGUUGGCGCCCUCUAAAGAUGUGACUGCUCGUAAAGACAACAGGCCGCGGGAAAAACUGCUGGUGGACGGCGAUCUUCAAGUGACAAGUUUUGGGCAAAUGUUGAGUCAAAAAGAUCAGGAGAUAGAGGAGCGACACAAGAAGCAUAAAGAGAGGAUGAAGCAGAUGGAGAGGCUCAGGCCCAAAACGGGAGAUAUCAAACUCAAGGACAAAACAAAGUCCACAGAGGAAGUCAAGAAGACCCGCACGGAGCUAACCAAGAAGUCCAACUGCGUGGAGUCUGGACUGAAGGAGAAGAAGCUGAAAGACGUCAGCAGCAUACCGAUAGCUCCGAUGAUGUCCCCAGGCAGGAAGUUUCAGCCAGACACUCAGAACUCAAAAGACUGGCUAACGGGACAUCAAAUGAAAGAAAACCUCCCCGCCUCGCCCCGACCGGAUCAGAACCGUCCCACUGGGGUCCCGACUCCCACAUCUGUCAUCUCCUGCCCCAGCUAUGAGGAGGUCAUGCAGACUCCUCGCACGCCGUCCUGUAGUGCAGAGGACUACCCUGACAUCAUGCUGGAUGGGUUGGAGUGCCACAACUCAUCAGCCAUGGCCAUGUCUAUGAAUGCCUGCUCACCAACCAUCUUUGAAAGCAGGUAUUCAAACCCGCAGAGUUUCCCAGAAGGCACUUGUCCAACUCCUGCUAAGAACCUGCAGCUGCCCCUCGUGAGCCGCUCCCAGACCUCUGACGUGCGCAGGCCUUUGGAAGAAGAGUUCAAAGCUGAAGCCGACAAGUUUCUGCGGCAGAGCGACGAAGGCGUAGACUAUGAGCCCUCCUCGCAGUCUCUGGAGGACAAGACGGGCUCUUUGGACCGGCUGGAGUGUGUGUCCCCUGCCUACUUCUCCCCCAUCAGGCUGCUGUCGCCCUGUCGGGAGCCUGUGCACUCCAUGCCUGACGUGGUGGCGCCUGGUCUAGUUGGAGUGGAGAGCAGUGACCAUAUUGUUGACAGUGUGUUCAGCAGCUUCUUGCCCAAACCCUCCACCCCAGUGCACCGGCCAGACCCUCAGGAGCCUUGCUUUGACAUCGCGGCACCUCCCACGCCUGCCCCUGCCGCUUUGCCUCCUCUAGACAUAGAUGACAUCUCAGAGCCACACCACAGCGAGCCAAACAUGGUGCUGUCGGACCUCCCGCCCUCUACUGACCUGGUGCAGGAGGAAGAGGAAGAAGAAGAGGAGGAGGAAGAGGAUGAUGAACGAGCAGACCUUCGCCAUUGUGCUCUGGAUGAAGUAGUGCCACUCAGAGAGGCCUGCUCCUACUCCCCUCACAUGGAGGACCCUCUGAGGAAGGCAUGGCCAGCAGAGUCAUCCAUCCACCAUGAGCCGGACGUGCAGCCCAUCUCUCCCGCUCAGCCCACCGACGACCAUGACGACAGCUGCUACGAUCAUAACAUGGGCUGGAACACUGACAUGGACCUAAAAUCUCCUCAUAGGAAUUAUGGAGAGAUUGAGGCAGCAGUUUCCAAAAUUACCAGCCCCUACUCUCACUCUCAUUCAGACAAUGAGAUGCAGCACAUAUCUAGUCACCCUGCGGUCAGCUCGCCCUACACGUGGAACAGGUGGCACAAAGAAGACCAGGACUACGACGAGCAGAAGGAGGCUGUGGCAGAGAUCCCAUCACCUGAGAGACCUGAAUCUGGGAUGGACGAUGAAGUUCACUAUUUAAACACCUCCUCGUCCUCAAAUCGUCUGGAGAACUUCUUCCCGGUCUGCAAUAAGCCCCGUCUGGAGGAGCACCAGCUGGACACAGUGGAGCCAGUGUGUGUUGAGCCCGAAACCAGACAGCCCAGUCACAUUUAUGCUGCUACAGAGGAGCACAUACACGCAGAGCCCGUCAUGGCCCCAGAGCCUGUCGUCCCAUGGGCCGACCCGUUCUCUGCUGACCCUGAUGAGCUGGACGACUUAGGACCCUUCUCUCUACCUGAGCUGCCGCUUCCAGACAAAGGAGACGAGCCUGAAGCUAGAGAGGCUGAAGCUAGAGAGGCUGAAGCUAGAGAGGCUGAAGCUAGAGAGGCUGAAGCUAGAGAGGCUGAAGCUAGAGAGGCUGAAGCUAGAGAAGCUGAAGCUAGAGAGGCUGAAGCUCGGGAGGCUGAAGCUCGGGAGGCUGAAGCUCGGGAGGCUGAAGCUCGGGAGGCUGAAGCUCGGGAGGCUGAAGCUCGGGAGGCUGAAGCUCGGGAGGCUGAAGCACGAGCGGCUGAAGCACGAGCGGCUGAAGCACGAGCGGCUGAAGCACGAGCGGCUGAAGCACGAGCGGCUGAAGCACGAGCGGCUGAAGCACGAGCGGCUGAAGCACGAGCGGCUGAAGCUCGAGCGGCUGAAGCACGAGCGGCUGAAGCUCGAGCGGCUGAAGCUCGAGCGGCUGAAGCUCGAGCGGCUGAAGCUCGGGAGGCUGAAGCUCGGGAGGCUGAAGCUCUGGAGGCUGAAGCUCGAGAGGCUGAAGCUCGGGAGGCUGAAGCUCGAGAGGCUGAAGCUCGAGAGGCUGAAGCUCGAGAGGCUGAUCUGUCCGAACACAAGUCUGUGCCUCCUCAGAUCAGACACAUAGUCGCAGACAGAGAAGACCCACAUGUGAUGGAGGUGGAUCCCCUGGGCCUCUCCACCCUGUGUCCCACAGUGGAACGAGGUUUGCAAGAGCCUCCGACACAGGACUUGGUGGUUCCUUCUCCACAUGCUACCUUCCAGCCUGAGCUGGCACUGGAGCCUGAGCCUCAGAGCGUGCCGUAUGGUCCUCCUGAGGACUCGGACGUGAGCAUGAUGUACAGUUCUGUAAAAGCGGACUCUGUUCAACAACCCCACGUUCAUAUCCUUCCUCUGGGGUCCCUGCACCUGCAUUCAGACCCACUGUCUGCCACAAAACCUGGGAGUCAUGAAGAGAAGUCUGAGCCGAUAGUCGAGCCACUGACUACCUGCACUCCUCUACCACCCCCAGCGCCUGUGACCCUUCCCACUCCCAUAGACCUCCCAAGCACUCAGGACACCACAUCUAAGCUGCCAUCUGUAAGUCUCACCCCAUUGUCUACACCUGUAGAUGUACCCAAAAAGGACGAGAUCCCUCAGAGAAUGACCCGGAAUCGCGCCAAGAACAAUCCCACUGCUGUGGCCCCUCCUACCUCCACUAUACUGACCUCAUCAGCCUCUCUCACCUCCAUAAUUGCCAACCCUGUUGUGAGCAUGAACCACUUACCCACCAGGACCCUGACUCCCACCUCAGUGUCUUCCUUUUCUCUAAAGAAAGACAAAGACUCUGUGCUUGGCAUCUCCUCCACUGCCCCGACUUUAACCACCUCUCCAACAGUGGUGCUUAGUAAAACCACAAAAGGUCGCCCCAUACCAGUGGAAGACGAGGACACUCAAACGCAGCACCCGCGAAAGAGAAAGUUUGCCAGAUCCGCAGCACAGCAGGUGCAGGUCCAGCUUGUGAAUACAGCCAUGAAACAAACCAGGGAGAUGAUCCAGCAGACACUGGCCGUUGUGGUCAAUGCCAUUAAAUUGGAUGACAUUGAGCCCUACCAUAGUGACCGAUCCAACCCUUAUUUUGAGUACCUCCAAAUUAGGAAGAAAAUUGAGGAAAAGCGGAAAAUUUUGUGUUACAUCACACCACAGGCUCCACAGUGCUACGCCGAUUAUGUGACCUACACUGGCUCCUACCUGCUGGACGGCAAGCCUCUCAGCAAGCUUCACAUUCCUGUGAUUGCUCCUCCGCCAUCGCUAUCGGAACCUCUGAAAGAACUUUUCCGACAACAGGAGGCUGUGAGAGGAAAACUCAGGUUGCAACACAGCAUAGAGCGGGAAAAGCUGAUUGUGUCGUGUGAGCAGGAAGUGCUGAGGGUCCACUGCAGAGCGGCCAGAACAAUAGCCAAUCAGGCUGUUCCGUUCAGUGCCUGUACAAUGCUUUUGGACUCAGAAGUUUACAACAUGCCAUCAGAGAGUCAGGGAGAUGAAAACAAAUCUGUGAGGGAUCGGUUUAAUGCUCGGCAGUUCAUUUCUUGGAUCCAGGAUGUGGAUGACAAAUAUGACCGCAUGAAGACAUGUUUAUUAAUGCGGCAACAGCAUGAAGCAGCAGCGCUGAACGCAGUGCAGAGGAUGGAGUGGCAGCUCAAGGUGCAGGAGCUGGACCCGGCGGUGCACAAGUCUCUGUGCGUCAACGAGGUGCCGUCCUUCUACGUGCCAAUGGUCGACGUGAAUGACGACUUUGUCCUGCUCCCUGCAUGA